AGGGCCGCUAGCUCGGCUUGGCUCCGGGCUUUGCGGGCCCAAACAGCUGCUAAUGGGCGACGAUUCAAGCGCAAUUGCACUUCACCGAAUUAUUCCUAUAUCAGGCCGGCAGCCUGAAGCACCGGCACCCGCGCCAACGAACGAUUUGGAGCGUACAGCCACACCUCCUAGAGCUCGUACAGCUCGCAGAGCAGUGCAGAUGACGACGAGUAACGUCGACGUCAUCCGCCUCUGGCAGCUCCCCGACGACUUCUUCGCGCUGGAACUCGACGCGCAGUGGCGGGCCAUCAAAGCUGUCACGAGCCCGGCGCAGCGCUUGAAUGCGCCGCGGCGGCCCUGCCCGCUGUCGCUGCGCGACGAGUUGCUUGCUUUAGCUUUUUUUGCGACCACUCUCGUGCUGCCGUUUGCAUUAGGCGCAGCAGCAGUCUGGGCGGCCGUCGCCGGCGGGACGACGCAGCGCCUCGGCGUCGUCGCCGUCGCAUUGAUUCUGGCGUUCCAUCCGCUGCCGGAAGCGGGCUCCCUCGCGGCGCGCUGUAGCCCGCUGGCGCGGGCGCUGGGCCGCUAUUUCUCGCUCGAACUGUUUGUGGACCGCGACGAUCCCCUCGCCGCCGCGGGCUUUACGCCGGCCGUCGACGAGCCCGAGCGCCUCGCGGAGUUCCUGCCGACGGUCUACCUCGCGUGCCCGCACGGCGUGUUUCCGUACGGUGCGAUUGUGUGGUGCUGUUAUUGUCGGUGGGGCUGUGGCAUCUGGCAGUAGCGCGCGGCGUCCUUUGGUUGCUGGGGCCGCGUCGAUGGCGUCUUGUCUACAGGACACGCCAUCGACGCGAUACACGCACAGGUACACCGGCGCCGCCGACGUCGUGAAGCGCGUCCCGGGUCUGAGGUAUAUGCACUCCCUCAUCUGGGUCGUCAGCGCCGGCAAGCGGUCCAUCGUCAGAGCGCUGCGCGAGCGGUGUGCCCCUUCUUCUCAAGGGGGCGCGCGGCGCGGCGGCGUCCUGGGCAUUCCGCCCGACGGCAUCCUUGGGGCGUUCCGGAGCCGGCCGGGCGUCGACGAAUUGGUCAUCGGCCAGCGGCGCGGCCUCAUGCGGUUGUGUCUCGCGGAGGGCGCGCAGGUCCACGCCGCGUUCUUCUUCGGCACCAGCGACCUGCUGACGGUCGUCCAGGACCCGUGGGGCCUCAUGGAGACGCUGUCGCGGAAGAUGCGUGCGGGCGUCAUGGGCUUCUACGGACGCUGGUUCCUGCCUAUUCCUCGCCGCGUCGCGCUCUCGGUCUGCGUCGCGCCCGUCCGAACGACGAAGACCGCGUCGCCGUCGGCCGCCGACGUCGAGCGCCUCCACGAACAAGUCUACGGCCGCCUGAAGGCCGUCUACGACGCGCAGAAGGCGUUUGCAGGCUAUGGGGAUCGCGAAUUAAUUGUGAGUUAGUGUACACUUAC